GCGGGUCAUUGUGCGUGCUGUGUUGUGUGUCCGCCCCUCUGUCUUUCAUUUCCUGAAUCCAGCUCCUCUAAUUCACAGCAACAAGGGAAUCAAACGCACACUUAAUGCACUGAAAACUGCGAGAUGUCGAGAGAAGCUCCAGCCCGCUGCGUUCUGACGACAUCCACCAAUGGGCUGCUGAGGGUGUGGGCGGGGCCACGAUGAGUGCCGAGGUGCUAUUGGAGGAGAAACUCAUCAAGCGUUCGCAGCAGAAGAGGCGGACGUCGCCGCUGAACUACAAGGAGAGGCUGUUCGUCCUCACCAAGAGCCGGCUGACGUACUACGAUGGAAAAGCAGAGAAGAAGUGCAGGAGAGGCUCGAUCGAGCUGAGCCGCAUCCGAUGUGCCGAGAUCGUGAAGAACUUCGGAGAAAUCAUCCCCUGCCAGAACAAAUACCCCUUUCAGGUGGUGUACGAUGCCAGCACUCUCUAUGUGUUCGCUCCGAGUCACAACAGCAGAAGUCAUUGGGUCCAGAGUCUCAAAGAGGAGAUCAAAGACAACCCUGUGGUCUCGGCCAAGUUUCACCCUCAGUUCUGGCAGGAAGGGGCGUGGCUCUGCUGUCGCCAGGCGGAAAAACAGGCUCCGGGCUGCGAGGAGUACAACCUGUUUGGAGACAGACUUAGGCAACUCCCCUCCUCCUCUCCCUCCAUCCUCCGCCGUAUUAUUGGUGAUGAUGAUGAUAUCGAGGAAGGCUACAUCCCAAGUAACUAUGUAACAGAGAAGAAAUCCGGAAACGUGCAGCAGUUUGUUUGGUACAGUAAACAAGUGAACAGGAACAAAGCAGAGGAGCUGCUGAGGAAAGAGAACAAAGAAGGCGCCUUCAUUGUCAGAGACUCCAGCACUCCAGGAACCUACACCGUCUCCCUCUAUGCCAAGUCUGCUGCCGGGGAUGGAAGUGCCGCUAUAAAACAUUACCACAUCAAGGUGACCCAAGGGACGCCUCAACAGUUUUACCUCGCCGAGAAACACUUGUUCAGCUCUAUCCCCGACCUGAUCGAGUACCACAAACACAACGCAGCAGGUCUUGUUGCCAGGUUGAGGUAUCCUGUAGGGAAACAGGAAAAGUCUGCUCCGUCCACCGCCGGCUUCAGCUACGAGAAGUGGGAGAUCGACCCCAGCGAGCUGACGUUCAUGAAGGAGCUGGGCAGCGGCCAGUUCGGUCUGGUGAGGCUCGGCAAGUGGAGGGCUCAGCACCGGGUGGCCAUCAAGGCCAUCAGAGAGGGAGCCAUGUACGAGGAGGACUUCAUCGAGGAGGCUAAAGUCAUGAUGAGACUGUCUCACCCUAAACUGGUGCAGCUGUACGGAGUGUGCAGCCAGCAGAAUCCCAUUUACAUCGUCACAGAGUUCAUGGAGAACGGCUGCCUGCUGAACUUCCUCCGGCAGCGCCGGGGCAGCUUCAACCUGGGGUCCUUGCUGAGUAUCUGCCUGGACGUCAGCAAGGGCAUGGAGCACCUGGAGGCCAACGGCUUCAUCCACAGAGAUCUGGCUGCCAGAAACUGUCUGGUGAACGACUGUCUGGUGGUGAAGGUGUCUGACUUUGGCAUGGCCAGAUACGUGUUAGACGACCAGUACACCAGCUCAUCCGGAGCCAAGUUCCCAGUGAAGUGGUCGCCUCCUGAAGUCUUCAACUUCUGCAAAUACAGCAGCAAGUCGGACGUCUGGUCCUUUGGUGUGCUGAUGUGGGAGGUUUUCACUGAGGGCCGCAUGCCGUUCGAACAGAGUCAGAACCACGAGGUGGUAACCUUGGUUACCAAGGGUCACCGCCUCUACAGGCCCAAAAUGGCCACGCCCGCCAUCUAUGACAUCAUGCAGAUCAGUUGGCACGAGAGACCGGAGGAGCGUCCGUCGUUCGCUCAACUCUGCCUGAUGAUCUCCGACAGUCUCGAGUGUGACACCCCUCCCCCAAACUGAUCACCUGACCAAUCGGUUGCUUCGGCCACGUUGGCGCCUAAAACUCCUGCUCCGUGGAAACCUGCCAUUCCUUUUACGGUGUUUCGGCAGUUUCUGUCUUAACGUACACGGCACAACAACAUGGAGAACAUGGUGCAAUGGUUCUUACAGCGUCUGGAACUGACCAGUCAGAUGGAGAGGAUGGAACCAAUCACACCAGCUGGAGUCCCACUCAUCCACCAAUCACGUUUUGUUUAUCCAAUCAAGUCACCGGUAACAGCUCACAACCCCCGCGACAUGAAACUGAAGCUGCGUCCACUUCACAAACUGCUGCUCAUGUUGGAUUGUGUUUUUGGACGACUGUUCCUGUUUUUGAUGACGAGUCCGACACCAACAUCGAUGGACAGCGAUGUAGAAAACACAUAACAGGCUCUUGUUAAAGGAAAUAUCAGCUCAUUAAUCUUCAAACGAACGUUUUGCCUACCUCACCGUGGGUUUUGCCUCUAAGUCGGACAUUAGGCUAAUGGCGCUUACCCACUGCUAGUACCAGCUCUACUCGGCUCUACUCGACCACGGUGCCCAUUCUCAAUUUUCCUUUGCAGAUUUAGUCCCGCCUCAUGCGUGAGGCGAUCAUGGCUGGUCGUCAUCUGACCUAACGCGACACACACACAGAACGUUGAAGGUGUGUUGUGUUUUUCAUUCUCAGCAUGUGGCUGUUGCCAGAAGACAAAUUUAGUUUCAAAAAAAGCUGGAGGCAGCAAAAAAACCACCGCUGGCUAAACUAUUUAAAAAUGGCGGGUUUGUUCAGGACGCAAAAUUAUGAAUCCCCCUAUGGCCACGCCAAGACUCGCCCUAUGAAGCACCUCGAUUGGUUGGGGGUUAGGCAUUUGACCUUGAGUGGUUAAGGUUAGGAUAGCCGAUUGGUCAAGGGGACAGGACCUGUACAAAUGGGGUUACGUUACCUUGCGUAAGCAUAGAUGCCUCCAACGCUAUUGAAGGGCGAGUCUUGGCGUGGCCAUAGUGGGAUUCGUAAUUUCACGUUCAGGACAUCCCCGUCUGUCGCUAACGACGAUGACGGGAUGAUUAGUGACGAUUCUCUCCGACCAAUCAGUAGUCUGCAGUGUUUUCAUGUCACCCUUUUGGUUUCGCCUCAGCUCGCUUGGAACCUCGACCGAGGUGAUCCUAAAAAAAGUACCUGUUAGCAGUAGGGAUGUAACGGUAUGGAAACUUAACCUCACGGUUAUAGUGACCAAAAUUAUCACGGUUUUUGGUUAUUAUCGCGGUAUUUUUUUUAAAUAUAUAGGCAAAACCUUAUCAAAAGUGCAACUUUUAACAUCAAAGGAACAAGGGUUCAGCAUGUAAACAGCUUAUUUGUCAGGAACAUUUCCAGUAGAUUUCCGCAUAUCAAUUUAUGUUCAUAUAUAUAAUAGAUUUUGGCCCGCCUAGUUGUGCGCCAAACCAAAAAGACGGGAAACUGUUUUACAGACUGCAGUUGUGCAACACUCAAAGCAGAAUUUGGCAGAUUUGCCGACUUUGAGGCUCAGAAAUUGCCAUAGAACCAGAGAGUUUACAUAUUCAGGCUCUGAAUGAGGUUGUUGUAAAAAAAAAAUUAUCUUUGAUUUGCUUAACUCUGUGAUGGCUAAGGAACUUUUUUUGCUGACUUUUUAGGGCUUUAUGUCGACCAAACUGUUAGUGAGAAGGCUAUUUGAGACACAAAUGAUACAGUCACAGGUAUUUUUCAACUUUUCAGUUGAAAGAAAUCAUGUCAAACACGUCUGGCCCUUAAUGUGAUUCUCAUUUUCCAGUGUGGCCCUUUAGUGAAGUCGAGUUCGACACCCCCUGACUUAAAUGAAAACGGUAAUUGUUAUCGUCAACAUUUUUAUCGCAGUUUACCGUUACACCUGUAAUCGUUACAUCCCUAGUUGGCAGGUACCAGGGACUUUUUUUCAUAAUGGGAAAACCAAAAAAAGGUGAGGCGAGUCGAGCAGGUACCAUGUAAUGGAAAAACGCCAUAAGUGCUUUGGUGUUGAUCUGCAAAUGUUAAUGAGAACGGUAUCAGAUAACAAAAGGUACGUCAAGCCACAACACACAGUAUGAAUGACUCGGCUGUGUGAAGUGUUCCUGUAACAUUUAAGGAAUGACCUCUGUUUCUUUGAUUUGUUUCAUUCCACUGUCCCACAAAUUUACCUUACUCCCAUCACAUCCUGCACAAUAAUAUUAAAAGUACUGUAAAUGAGUGAAAGUAUACGAUUGGGGUGUCAUUAAGCGUUUGAUAACAUCGUCAUGGAGAAGAACACUUUUAUUAUGAGUGGAGUACAAGUAUAAAGUAUAUAGCAUGAAAUGGAAAUAAUCAAGUUUUUUUGUAAUACAAUUGUUAAGAAAAUGUACUUGGAUCAUCAAGUUGUCAUGAUGAGGAACUUUGAAAGCACUCACAGUUAUAGGACAUAAAUAAAUGUUUGAUCACAGUGAACAAAAA